AUGGCCUUGGGGGUGAAUCUGCUUCGGGUAUUAACGCUUCUCACGCUACAGUAAGUAAUUUGCUAAUUGUCCCAAUUCAAGGCUUUGAAAGGCCAGCGAAUCGAGGCUUCCUAUGAAAAUGAGAUCGAAUGAGAUUACAAUUCAGCGCUUCCAAUAUAAAUGAUUGCGUCUUCCUGAAGUAUCAUCAAUAAUUUUUCACUUGGCUAAGUACUAAAGACCGGUUUCUGUGCUUUAACAACCAAGUAAAUCCUACAUUGACGUCAUUUUUUUGUUUCAGUUCAUUACUGCCGGAUGGACUUGCUGAAGAGAGCGGUGUUAAUCAGGUAAUCGAGACUGAUCGUGAUUCUUGCAAGAACCAAAUUUUAACAGAAUUGCAUCGUGUAUUUAACUCACGCAGUUUGUCGUUCUUUCAUGUAUUUUCUUCUUAGAAACCGGAAGAAAAAAAGGUUUAUGACCAACAUUAUUUGCAACAGAAGGCCAAGAGUGACACAAAUAGCGUAGCUUUUCGGAGAUUCAUUCAGUUGUACUCAAGGAAUAGCGGCCGCCAUGUUAGAAUCAAUCCAGAUAGAAGCGUAGACGCCAUCGGUGAAGACGGCGACAAAUACGGUACUAACUCGAAAAUUGCUUUGUUACUGUAUAAUUAAUAUUGUAAAAGCUUGUUUACUCUGGCGGUUAUUACUUGUCUGUUGCCUUAAGCUUAAUGCUUAUUGUGAAAGCGGCCUCUUACACUUUUGUUUCUCAGUUUGACAGGUUUUAACGGUAAAAAUGUCGCUUUUACACUUCUCUUCUUGAACAUUGAAGUUUUCUUUUUCUCAUCUUUGAAACGAGUUGACUGUUUUGAUGCCUGUUAUGUUUUGCGGGAAUUUUUGAAAUAAUCUUUGGAGCAUUUUCAAGAAAAUUUUGUGCGAAGCCCAAAGUUAGGACUUACUUUGCUUUUUUCUGUGUACUAAAGCGGGAGUGCAUGGCAUAGACAUUUAAAUGGUUUUUCUCUCUCGAACUCUGUAUUAUCAAACCACAAGAAGGCUUGUUUAUUCGUUUCUUUCUCCAACUUGAAGUUACGUUUACGUUUGUGAAUGCAGCGAAAAUCAACACUAUGAUCACAUGCUUGUCAAUAGUUUCAGAAAAUCAUAAAUUUUUCGCAUUCUUUCUAAAUAAUACAGGGUAUUUUGAAGGCAGAAAGGUUAAUUGUAGCUAUUAUUAGUACAAAUGCAGGUUCUUUGAAAGAAAUCCCAAAUUAAAAAAGUUAUUUUAAACCUUACCCACAGGAGUACUUGUUCUUUCGACAGACGAGCCAAAAGUGCGUGAUAAAAAAGUCUCGUCGCCCUUUCGACAUAGCUCGGGUUACUCCUUUCCACAGUACCUCGUCAAAAAUUCAAGAGUCUCAAUAGUGUUUGACGCAAACUUAUUUGAUUGCCAAGCUAUGAGAGCUUUGUUUACAUAAGUGUGAAAGGAAAAGAAGUCCAAGAAUCUGUCAAUAAUUGAGCAAACCCAUUUGCAAAGGAAGACCUCUUAAACUGCAACUUUUUGUUGAAAAAUAUGUGUGAUUUAUCAACAUCCUUGAAGUGCGCUUAUAGUUGACAGACCAACGAAUCGCCGUGGUAGGUUUAUUGUUGCGUUUUGAGAACCCGUUUUCAAAUACUUAAUCCUCUUUUCGUUAAUUGUAUGAAAGAGAUUUCGCGACAGGUAACAAACAGUUUUGCAUCACACGAAGGCGCUUUUAAUAAUUACUGCCACAGCAUUAUAAUUGCUACCAAGUGACCGUUGGUCUAGCGACAAAAAUAAACAAAGAGAAAAUGUCCAGUUUCGCCUUUAAAGUGACCUACUCGACCAGAUAUAUGACUAUAUUUUAACACGUUCGACAGUCUCGAGUUAUCGACUGUAACAUUCUAAUUCGAACCUUUCAUCGGUAAAGUAAACAACAAAGAGGAAUGGAUAGUUGGGUUUGCAUAGCUGCCAUUUUGUUUUGUUGCGGUGCGAGGAGGCAGAACUUCAGAAAACCGCAAUUUGGUGUCUACACUGUGCGAUCUCCCUGAGAGUUCAAACAAUUUUACGACGUUUUUGAAAAUUCUAGAGACUUAAUGCAUCUGGUAUUCAAGUCGCUCCACAGAAAUAGAAAUGUCGCCCUUCUUUGGUUAAAAAAAAACCUCUGAGACAGUCAUCGAUCAAACAUAUAAUUCGAUCACGUCUAAAUAUACUGAGGCCAUCUUUGUACUUCAGUUUUUUUAAAAAGUUAUCUAUAGAAUAUCAUUGUAGUCAAACAUUUUUUUUAAAGUACCUCUGACAGUUUUAUAAGCCAUCUCUUUUCUUUUACAUAGUCACACUAUCAAAACAUGCAACUUCUGCAUACCCACUCUAUCGGUAUUCUACCCACAUACAGUGUACUUGUUACUAACUAAACUCGAUUAACCGCUUCCCUCCCCUACCUUUUCCUGACCCUUCCUAAACUUUUACAAUUUUUUCAUCGCAGCCAAGUUGGUCAUCGAAUCAGUCAAUUUUGGACGAGUUCGUAUUAAAGGCUCAGUUUCCAAUUUCUAUCUCUGCGUGGACAAGAAAGGGCGACUUAGAGCAAGGGUAAGUGGAAAAGUAUUAGACAGUGUUAAACAAGUAUCACUGACUAACAGUUGGGCGGCAAGUACCUUGAUUGUCAUAUUUGCUCGCAACGUUACUUAGGACCGGAACCUGCUUAGAAUAGCUAUUGUAAUUACGUGAUUAAGUCUAUUUUUGUUUCAUGUUUUUCUUUUUUACGAAAAAACAGUCAUAGUUUUCCGUACAACAAAAGAGGUAAUCUUUAAGAAUUUGUCUCUUAUACAUAUCAGGUGUAAUUGUCAGAAGGACUAUUUCAUCCUAAUCAGUCCUUCUCUACUUUCAAAGAAAUUUUUUUCGAAUAAGGGACAAAAAUGGUUCCUUUUCACUGUCACUGAUCAGCUGAUCUUUCCACUAAUUGAUUCAGACUAAAAAUAAUUUAAUUCAUUAGUUGCAAGAACAAUCGGUAGUGCUUUUUAUCAUGAUUUCCUUCCUCCACGCGAACAUCUUUCAAACGCGUUCAAAAGAAAACUAAUUAGUUUAAAAAAUACCGUAAUGCUCUGAUGAGCUUUCUGAACCACUUCAGCUUACGUGUUAAGUCGGUAACUCUUCUUGUAUGAGACAUCAAAUGUGUUGAUCUCACCAAAGAGUGCCGUGUAACACCUUUUGAGGUCUACCAAGUGUUGAUUACAUGCGGUUUUGCAGCCAUAGUGACACAUUUGCAAGGAAUGCUAUAAAUGCCGGAUAGGUGCACGCCUAUGUACUGAUUGUAGGGUUUCAAAAUGGAAUGUUAUCGAGCUAACACCUUAAUAUCUUCAUGCCGUAAAUAAAACCCCGGUGACGCAUGUAAGCAAAUGCUUGAGACCUCAUACGCAAUUUUAUCUUGAUAAAAAUAAUCUGUGCAAGGUCAUCCCUGCCAUGCAAUUUGUCUUCACAUUGACUGCAUGCCUUGUGUUUUCAACCGCUCACUUUAUCCGAUCGUCUUCCCGAUAAGGCUUGAUUAAUGUUAGCUUAAUUGAAGUAUCCAAUAAAGAUUACGUGACUGGAUCUCUUUAAAAAAAGUAUUCUUCAGAGGCAAUGCGUUGGACAUUUACUCAAAGCCUGCAAGCAUUUGUCUUAAAAAUUGCUUAGGAUACAAAUCACUGUGGAAAUUAGAAAGUUGCCGAUGAGUAUACUAAAGAAAUGCUACUGGUCCGCCCAAUGGAAUUAACUAGAAAAUUGCUUGGAGGACAAAAUCGGAUAAGUGUUCUCAAACUGUCAGAAAUGAGGCAAAGAAGGAAAAUCAAUCAAUCAGUAAGACAAAAUGUCUCCUAAAAUCGUUUUAGCAUGUUACAUUUGCCAGCACAACAGUCUUUUUAAGACUUGACCGGUCUUAGUUCGUUUCUUAGCCGUGUUCGAAAGUCUUUUUUUGUUGUAGGAUAAUAGACCGUAACAAAUAUUGACUGAGCCAAGUUUUUCAGCUAUUUUCAUGACGUUAUUAUCAUUCUGUAUUACCACGUAUAACGCGGACAAGUUUUCAAAGCUCUAGCUUUGAACAAAUUCGUGCACUUUAUAGACAAACACAACAUGACACAGACGAUGUCAGUUUGACGCUUGGCGCGUUUGCCCACAUAAACAGCAUGUAGAGCGAACUAGAAAAGGACAGAAAACCAGCACAUUCAAAUAAGCCUGCUGCUCCGCACAAUGCAAUGAAAGAACCACGCGGAAAGUUCAAACGCGUUGUGUCUGUACCGCAAUAUCUUCCGCACUGUACAAGUUAAUCUUUCUGAUGUGUCUUACGAUGCCGCCGAUCUCGGUUUAGUUGUAAGUGCGUGGGAGGGUUUGCCAAGGAUGAUAGUUUACCAAAGGAAAUAGCACAAUUUAGAAUAAUUUGUCGCCUGAAACUGGUAACUUACUUUGAAAAGAAUGAUAGAAUUUUUUGGGUGGCUUCAUCUGAGGAAGUGGCAAGUUGACAAACUUAUUACCUUACUACGAGGGAGGCAUACUCUUAGUUUCAACACACGAAACAACAGCUCUUGUCAUUGCCUGUGCCAUUCUGUUAUGUUUCCGAGGUUACUUUCAUGAAAACAAAAACGUUUUCUAGAAGUUUAACAAGGUAAACAUUUUCAGACAGAUAAUCGGUACAUCUAACGCAAGUUUGCAUUUCUUACUUGAUUCUUCUAUUUAUAUAAUGAGAUGACCAUGUGUCAUCAUUUACCUUUCUGAAUUGUUGCCUAUAUAAGUAUUGAACUUCUUCUCGUCUUGUGCUAGCAACUAUUUUGUUUUGAAAACUUGCUUACUACUAGACCAUUUGUAUGGGAAGUUACGAUAUAUCUAUUUACGACUGAAGAAGUUUUAACUGGAUACUUGUUCUAAUGAUAACAAGGUAAUGAUUCAUCUCCUCUCAGACUUUACAUGUGAACGCUUUACAGUCUCAUACAUGUAUGCAUUAUACGAACCUUGCUGGUCUCUGAACAAGCCAGGCCAAUUGUUUUCCACUCCUCUGGGAAGCGCUUGACUGUUUCUUCACGUCACCUCCGUGCUGUUUUUUGUUUUUAUACUUUUUGAGAAGGGGGGGUAAUUACCGGCAGCUUUACGGCUUCCCUAAAGACCAGCUACCCUUCAUAUAAAGAGUUCCAUAAGACUCAACACUAAAUAACAACAAACGUUUGUUGAAUAUCCCUCAACAGAAAAGAGGCAAAUGGAAGGACAACUGCGAAUUUACAGACCGUGUGGCUGAUAACGCUUACACCGAAUUCACCUCUGUAAGGUAUAACAAGAGUCUCAUCGCCUUCAGCAGAAGAGGACGACCGAGACCGGUGCUGAGCACAGAAAAAGGGGGAGUCAAGGCCGUGCAGUUCAUAGAACGAGCAUCAAACAUCAAGCUCCUCAGAGGAAGAAAGUACUGGAGAAAAGGCGGCAAACUUGAAGGAAUAGAUUUAUAUCGUAAAAAGCAGGUAGAGAAGAUCUAUGUGUCGAUGAAGAAGUGGCGAGAAUUCAAGCGAUGGCUGAAGUUUAAUACCCGAACAGCCUCAGCUAAAGUAAACUCUACAACAACGGCUGCGACGCCAUUACAACCAACUGCUGUACAGUUAAGUAGUAGGCCAACUAGUUUUAUGAAAUAUUCACGGGAUAAAGGGCGAACUUAG